CCAUGUAAAUGCAAUGCAAACUGCCAGUCAUUCGUCAGCGUCAGACACGAGCAUUUUCGAGGAUUUAUCAACGGCAAUUCCAAUUGUUUUUGUAUUUAGAUUGAUAAUUUAAGAUUUGAAGGGUUAAUAUGUGCCUUGUACGUGUUGUGAAUGAUGACAGGGGGUUUCAUGGGGAAUUGUCGAGUGCUGGGACUAAACUCGUAGUUGUUGACUUCACAGCUACUUGGUGUGGUCCUUGCCAGAGAAUAGCCCCAGUAUUUGAGCAGUUAUCAACAAAAUAUCCAAAUGCAGUCUUCCUGAAAGUUGACGUAGACAAAUGUGCAGAGACAGCAGCUAGCCAGGGUGUGAGUGCCAUGCCGACCUUCGUAUUCUACCGAAAUCGAACGAAACUCGGCAUGUGCCAGGGUGCCAAUCCCGAGGCCCUCGAGAACAAGAUCAUCGAGUAUUACGGUGGUGGUGAUGGUGACGACGAGGGACCUGUUGCUGGACAUAUGGAUUUGAACACUUUCAUCAUGAAGGGUCAGUGCGAGUGUCUGAACGAGUCUGAUGACCACUGCCUGGAGCACUGUCUAACUGCUGAGGGUGGAUACCUGGAGAGCGACUGUGACGAGCAGCUGAUAAUGUCGAUAACGUUCAGACAGGCAGUGAAGGUUCACUCCCUGAAGUUCAAGGGGCCCAGUGACAAGGGACCGAAGAACAUCAAGAUUUUUAUCAAUCAGCCGAGGACCAUCGACUUCGACAUGGCUGACUCCAACACCAGUGUUCAAGAUCUUGAACUUUCAGCCAAAGACGUCGAGGAGGGCAAUCCAGUCCCCCUUCGUUACGUGAAAUUCCAGAAUGUUCUGAACCUCCAGAUCUUCGUCAAGGACAAUCAGGGAGGGACUGAGACCACCCAGAUCGAUCAUCUCUCGAUCAUUGGUUCCCCAAUCUGCACCACCAACAUGGGAGACUUCAAGAGAGUAGCUGGAAAAAAGGGGGAGAGCCACUGACACUCCCUUUCCAUUAUCACAAUUUUCAAUACUAUUAAUUAAAUAUUAUUUGUGCAUCGAAA